AAACAAGAUUCUUUCAAAUCCAAUUCAUAUAGAUGAGCGUACCUCGACUUUCGUAUGGCGGUUGGACCGUUCGCAAGGAUUCUAACAACGAUCAUCCAUAGGUUUAUGAUUCGUCGACGAAGAAAUUAUAAAAUACAGCAGCCACUCAUACAUAUACGGAAUUGAUUGAGACGAGAGGUCCAAACGCAAAAGAGUCCCAUCACUUUACGUUACUCUUCCCCAUUGGCUCGCUCACUUCCUCUGAUUCCACUAAACAAAAAGUUUCACAGCGGCCAAGUCCAGCCGGCCACCCCAACUAUCCGCCGCCUCUAUUAUUCUCGGCAAAAAUGGCCCUCGUCGGCGUCCUUGCUUUACAGGGAUCUUUCAACGAACACAUUGCAGCGUUGAGGAGGCUAGGAGUAAAAGGGGUGGAGAUAAGAAAGCCAGAGCAGCUUGAGAACGUUGGAUCCCUCAUCAUUCCUGGUGGAGAGAGUACCACCAUGGCUAAGCUCGCCGAGUACCACAACCUGUUUCCUGCAUUGCGUGAGUUUGUUAAUAUGGGGAAGCCUGUUUGGGGGACAUGUGCAGGGCUUAUCUUCUUGGCAAACAAAGCUGCGGGACAGAAAACAGGAGGACAGGAGCUGGUUGGAGGCCUAGAUUGCACUGUACAUCGAAAUUUCUUUGGCAGUCAGAUCCAAAGCUUUGAGACAGAACUUUCAGUGCCAGAGCUUGCAUCUAAGGAAGGUGGGGCUGAAUUUUAUCGAGGAGUUUUCAUCCGUGCUCCUGCCAUCCUUGAUGUAGGCCCAGAUGUUCUGGUGUUGGCUGACUAUUCUCUUUCAUCUAAGGAGUUGGAUUCAAUUGCUGCCCUUCAAGCCCAAAACCAAGAGGAGAAUGCUUGGUCUGGAAAGAAAGUAAUUGUUGCAGUGAGACAAGGGAACUUGCUUGGAACUGCUUUCCAUCCUGAACUAACAGCAGACACUCGGUGGCAUAGUUACUUCUUGAGGAUGAUAAACGAUGUUGGAGAAGGGGCCUCAAGCAGUAUAGUCGCUGUAGGAGCAGAGUCACAACAAAAAGAACAAUCAAGGAAUGACCUUCCUAUAUUUCAAUAGUGGCAGAAAUUUGUAAAUGUAAUUGUCCAAUGCUUUGGAAACUUUUUCUUUGCAUUCUGCAAUUCUCUUUUACUUUAAUUAAGUACGGUAUAUGUUCCCGGUUCUCUAUAUUUUCGACCAUAAUUCUUCAAGUUGCUAGUUUAAUUUUUAAGGCUGAUAACCAGUUCUAGAAUUCAGAUAGUGAAUAUAUAUAUAGAUAUAAAAUAUAAAAAUUGAGACUUUUUGAUC